UUCUUUCAACCAUGUUUUUUGGUACUUUUAAAUUUGGUGGAACUCUUCAGUGGAAAUUAGGUUGUAAAAGAAAACAAAACCGACCCAGCCACUGCACGUUGGGGGCCUUGCAUUUUGACCCAGCCCACAGAACGACUUGGAAGAAUCUCUGCAGACCUCCAGAGAUCCUUGCAUUCUAUAUGAAGGACCAUAGAUCUGAAAACUCCGUCUUAAUUUCAAUAUUCUUCUUUUCGUCUGGAAUUAUCCUCAUUGACUAUAGAGAGCGGUUACUGAUGAAUCCCGGGACAGGCUCCGUCUAGUGAAAGGAUUUUCAGGAUGGACGUCACGCGCCUGCUCCUGGCCACUCUAGUGGGUUUCCUGUGCCUCCUUGCUGUCUACAGCCACCUGGUACCCGAGGAGACGUUCAGAGAUGACAAGAGUCUGAGGAGCAACUCUUCCACGAAUUGCAAGGAUUUCUCUUCUGUUUCUAUUGUGGCACUGAAGAAGAAAUCCAAGAAGAUCAGCAUACAGGAAGCCGAGAAGCAAAAGAGACUGGAAGCUGAGAAGCGGAAGGGAUCAUCUAAGAAAAAGGCUUCGAUUAAGAAGGUGGCGCGGCCCCCGCCACCCACGCCCUGCGUGGCCACCCGAGACAGCUGCAAGCCGCCUGCGCCCGCCUGCUGCGACCCGUGCGCCUCCUGCCAGUGCCGCUUCUUCCGCAGCGUCUGCUCCUGCCGCGUACUCAACCCCAACUGCUGAAGCCGCUUACUCGCUGCGCGCGCAGCUUCCGGGAUGGGUGCCUGGGCGGGGCUUCAGGGUCAGGGGCGCUUCUAGGCUGGGGGAGGGGUCUCUGGUGGGUGGGACUUCGCGAGUGGGCGUGGCCUGUGGUGGUGGGUGGUGGGUGCUUUCCGAGGACAGGUGUUGGGGGAAGCCUAAUGGAGCCUAAAAUCAAAAUACAGAAUCUUUAGGCUGCUGGGAAA